AUGCCUGCUCAGAGCGUACGCCUGCCGUUCACGUCGCCGCACACUGAAGCCGUAUGGGGUGUGAAGUGGACGGCCACUGAAAGCGUUGUCUCGGUCUCUGCAGAUGGCUCAAUCCGGCAAUGGUCGUCUGAUAACGGGACACCACAUCCUGCAGAUGUCAAUAAACCACCACCGCAUACACUAGGUUUGAUCUCGCUCUCCGUAUCGCCAGAUGGACAGAGGGUACUGUACAAUAGCCUGGAGGGGACGACAGCUAUGAUGGAUCUAUCCAAUGGCGAAAUUGUGGGCAAGUUCGAGAGCUAUGUCCGUACAGGUGAAGGGGCGGAACCAUCCUGGUCUGUUUCGCUGAAUCCAAAGGGGGAGACCUAUGCUUCCUCUGGAAGCUCUGGCAACGUCACCAUCCAUUCCUCGCAGCCCAAUAACUUCGGCGAACGUCUCUCAACCCUUACUAGCGGUCGAACGAAGUUUGGCAUGUGUUGCUCCCAUUCCCCUGAUGGCUCUCGAGUUGCGCUAUCAAGUGAAUCAGGGCAAAUAUUCAUAUUUGACCUCGAGACAGGUUCUCUCGGUGCUACUUAUACGUCCCAUGCCAUGGCCGUUAGAACAAUGUCGUGGUCCUGGGACAACGGUUAUCUACUAAGCGGGUCGGACGAUAAGAGACUGAUCUUGCACGACGUUCGAGCGCCGACGAAAGCAGCAGGAGGUGCAGCCGCAACAUUCACUGGCCAUUCAUCUUGGGUCCUCAGUUCGGAUAUCUCUCCUGACGGUCGAUUGGCAUUAUCUGGGUCGGCCGACAAGACAAUCAAAGUAUGGGAUAUAGCUGCCCGUGCUGCCGUGUCUACCAUCUCUGAAACGGGUGAAGUAUGGUCUCUCUCGUGGAGACCGAAACCUUCCGAGCACGGGAAGGGGGCUGGAUUUGUUAGUGGCGGAGAAGAUGGAGUAGUGAGAUGGAGGAGAGUCUUGUAA